GAGGCAGCGGCAGUCGGGUCGGUUGGGGCGGGCAGGAGCCGCUGUGCUGCGUCCCGGGCACCGGCUGCACCCGCGGUCGCACCUCCUUUUUUAUAGAGACCCAUCCGUGUAUACAGGGAUACGGGUUUUCCUCUGUAGCUUCCCGGGUGUGCGUGCGCAUCCCCCGCGGAGCUGGCGGGCUGCGGGCUGCCGCUGCGCUGAGCGCGUUGCCGUGCCGGAGGCGUGAGGAGCCGCGGCCGCCGCCGGGGCUCAGGCUGUUCCAGGCAGAGAUGGGUUUCGCGGCUGCCCGUGCGAGGGGGGACAGUGGCCGCUCGGCUCCCAGUGCCCGGGCGGGGAGGUGUGUGUAGGGACCGCCGCCGGCAGCACGGGGGUUUGGUUUUCCCCCCAUUCGCUCAGUUUUCAGAGGUGUAGCAGGCAGGGGUUCAGCUCGGUAGUGAAAUUGCAGCAGUUUGUGCCUCCUCCAGUGUGCUCGAGCGAGGAAAAUGGAGGCUGUGAUAGAGAAGGAAUGUAGUGCGCUCGGAGGGCUCUUCCAGACCAUCAUAAGCGACAUGAAGGGAAGUUACCCAGUGUGGGAAGAUUUUAUAAAUAAAGCUGGGAAACUGCAGUCUCAGCUUCGGACUACAGUAGUAGCAGCUGCGGCCUUUUUGGAUGCCUUUCAGAAAGUGGCUGACAUGGCUACUAAUACACGUGGUGGUACCAGAGAGAUUGGUUCUGCUCUCACCAGGAUGUGUAUGAGGCACAGAAGUAUAGAGUCCAAACUUCGGCAGUUCUCAAGUGCUUUAAUUGACUGUCUGAUAAACCCACUUCAAGAACAGAUGGAAGAGUGGAAGAAAGUGGCCAAUCAACUGGAUAAAGACCAUGCAAAAGAGUACAAAAAGGCCCGCCAAGAGAUAAAAAAGAAAUCAUCUGAUACACUGAAGCUACAGAAGAAAGCAAAGAAAGCUGAGGCUCUGGGACGGGGUGACAUUCAGCCCCAGUUGGACAGUGCUUUGCAAGAUGUCAAUGAUAAGUACCUGCUGCUUGAAGAAACUGAGAAGCAAGCUGUCAGAAAAGCUCUGAUUGAGGAGCGCGGUCGAUUCUGUGCUUUCAUCUCCAUGCUGCGCCCUGUCAUAGAAGAAGAAAUAUCAAUGCUAGGAGAAAUAACCCAUUUACAAACCAUAUCAGAUGACCUGAAAAGUCUCACCAUGGAUCCACACAAGUUGCCAUCUUCAAGUGAACAGGUAAUUUUAGAUUUGAAAGGUUCUGAUUACAGCUGGUCUUAUCAGACUCCUCCAUCCUCUCCCAGUACUACCAUGUCCAGAAAAUCUAGUGUUUGCAGCAGUCUGAACAGCGUUAACAGUAGUGAUUCCCGGUCCAGUGGCUCGCACUCGCACUCACCUAGUUCACACUAUCGCUAUCGCAGCUCCAAUCUGCCUCAGCAGGCACCCAUGAGGCUGUCCAGUGUGUCCUCCCAUGAUUCUGGAUUCAUGUCCCAGGAUGCUUUCCAGUCCAAAUCGCCAUCCCCCAUGCCACCAGAAGCACCUAACCAGUUGUCUAAUGGGUUUUAUCACUGUAGUUUAUCAAGUGACCCAUCCGUAGCUUCAGUUGGUGCAGGUCCUUUCCCUCAUUUCCCGCCUGUCUCCCGCGCGUGGACUCGGGCUCCCUCAGCCCUCCUUCCAGACUACGCUCAUUAUUACACCAUUGGGCCAGGCAUGUUACCAUCAUCUAAGAUCCCUAGCUGGAAGGACUGGGCCAAGCCAGGCCCAUACGAUCAACCGAUGGUGAACACGUUGCAGCGCCGCAAGGAGAAACGGGAGCCAGAUGUCAAUGGAGGAGCUCCGAGUGGACCCCCCAUGCCCCCGGAGGAGGCCCAGAGACCCCGGAGCAUGACGGUGUCGGCUGCCACAAGGCAGGGUGAGGAGAUGGAGGCCUGUGAGGAGCUGGCGCUCGCUCUGACGAGAGGGCUGCAGCUGGACACCCAGAGGAGCAGCCGGGAUUCCCUGCAGUGCUCCAGUGGCUACAGCACCCAGACAACAACUCCGUGCUGUUCAGAGGACACGAUCCCAUCCCAAGUUUCAGAUUAUGAUUAUUUCUCUGUGAGUGGUGACCAGGAGGCAGAACAACAAGAGUUUGACAAAUCCUCCACCAUCCCAAGAAACAGCGACAUUAGCCAGUCCUAUCGCAGAAUGUUUCAAACCAAGCGUCCUGCUUCCACCGCAGGUCUGCCCACCACGCUUGGACCGGUCAUCGUCACCCCUGGCGUCGCCACCAUCAGACGGACCCCUUCCACCAAGCCUUCGGUCAGACGCGGCACCAUCGGGGGAGGGCCCAUCCCGAUCAAGACCCCAGUGAUUCCUGUCAAAACACCGACCGUCCCUGAUAUCCCAGGGGGGCUGCCCGGCGCCCUCGCUGGGACAGAAGAGUGUCCUGAGCAAAGCCCCGAGUCUCCGGCAGCAGGAGAUGGUGGGCAGGGUGUCACCAGCAUGCCCUCAUCCGCAUGGAGCGGACAAGCAUCCGUCAACCCUCCGCCGUCCAGCCAGAAACUGAGUGGUGCCGACGAGCAGAGGCAAGCGGUUCCUGAGGGAGAAGGUGAGGAAAGCGACCGGGAUGGUCCCGGUGCCCUGGCGCCUGUGGGGCAGCUGGAGCUCGAUCCCGGAGAGCUGAGUCCCGGGGACGUCCCGCAAGGGGAGGAUAUGCUGAAUGCCAUUCGGCGUGGCGUCAAGCUGAAGAAGACCACCACGAACGAUCGCUCGGCACCUCGUAUUUCCUAGGAGCGGAGAAGCUGCUGGAGUACUAAAGCCACUGAGAAGGAACUGUGAGGAAAGUUAAUUUGUUUCUAUCCAUUCCAAUCUGUAAUCAAUGAGUUUUUUAAGAUACUCGAUAACGGGACAGUCUGCAAGUACUCUAGAGGAGAAAACAAGGUGAAAGAGCGUAGUAAGACAUAAUCUUCACUGGUGUUUUAAUUUGUAAAUAUCAAUGAUUUUGUUUCUGCUUUGGUUUUUUUUUUGGUCUAAGUUACACUCUUGAUUUUUUCUGAAGGUGCCAAAUCCCAUUGACCUUUUUUAUAACUCUCUUUGUAAAGUUUUAAAUCAUAGGAGAAACAAAAACAGUGUCGAGUAGUUAAACUUCAGCAAAGGGAUUUCAUGACAAUUUGGCUUUUGUGCAAGCUUUUGUAGAGCGCCUUGUGAUAGUGAGGUCGAAGAAGAACAAACCAAGGGGACUUACUCUAAAGUUUAAGCCGUAAGGAACAGAUCCUCAUUGAAGUAUUAAAGAAAAUAAAGCCUGAAAAGCAGGAAUGAAAAUUGACAAUAAAAGCAAUAUAUAAUGCAAGGAAGAAACCUGCAGUUGGUAGAGUAUUUGGGGGGGCGGGUAGUGGGGAGGGGGGGAGAUGCCGUCAAAAUAGCAGAUGCUGUUGCACAAGAGUAGCCUAGUAGGAUUAAUUACUAGUAGCUUCAUGGUAAAUGCAUCAGAAUAAGCCAUACUGGAUUGCAGUGUUUUGUUUCUGUGGGGUGUUUUAACGACCGGGGGUUUUUCCACGUUUCUUUUCGGGACUGCACAGCAGCAACUCUCAGUCACAUGCAUGCAGCCUGACCUGCGUAGGCUUGGUUCUUCCACCUCCAGCUUUUGUUCCGCUCAUCCUCUCACUGAAUACAAACACGGACAGGCUUAAGGCAGUUACACGUGUGCAAAAGAACCUUUUUAAACCGCGAGCAGGGAGUUCUUAGACAUUAUCCAAAUGCCUUUUUGUGACCGUGCCCAGCAGGCUGGGCCUCCAAAGCCCAAGUAUUUUGAGGAGACACUGGCAAAUUUGGCAGGUGUAACCAGCUUUGAGCUAACAAACUGCGGAUGUUCCUUUCCAAUACAGGGGCUUGUUUUUCUUAACUCCUUUUAAAUGGCAGUUGACGAUUGGCUUUUCUUAACUACCGAAAAGAAAGGGGAGAGAGGGGUGGGGGGUGGGCAGAGAGACUCUUCUUUUGAUAACACCGGGAGCCUGACCACUAGAGCCUCUUUUUUUGUACUUUAAGUCGUGUUUUUUGGAACACUGUUGAUAGAAUUAUUAAGAGUUGGCUUUUUUCCUUCAAGUAAAAGUAAGUUCUUGCUGCGAUACCCAUCUCCUAAAGCUGAUAGAAAUGUGCAGACCUUGGGGCACGAGACGUGUUUGCAUCAGACCCACAUGAGGGUGGACACGGCGCUGGUGCACCCGGGGUGGUUUAAAACUGCACCAAAUACCACCCACAAGGGGUUGGUUUCCACCAGCCGCUCUGCAGAUUUCUGUUGGCUCUAGACUUGCCUACAUACCCUCUUAUGCUUUAAUACAUAACUGCAUUGGAUGUGAGACUUGUAGUAACUGUGUAGUCACUGUGUUCUAUAUAACAUUUUACACUGCUGUGGUUGCUAACCUUUUGAUUUUUUUGUUAUGGCUUAAAAGCAAAAAAGCAAAAAAAAAAGGCAUGAUUCUUAGAAACUAUGAACUAAACCUUCCUUCCUUUGAAAAACAAGCUCCUUACUACAGAAUCUAAUGAACAGUAGUGCCUGUGGUGUAGCCCACCAACCUUGAGACGGUAGCUGAUGCGUUGUGCAAAUGAGGCUUCGAGAGAUGGUUUUUGCAUAAACAAAAACUGCUAGGAGAUAAUCUCGAUAGUUUAAAAGUGUUAUUUAAACCUUUGGAAUAAAUGGAUGUAACUGUACCCGAGUACAGCUUUUCACUUGUUUAGUUCUUAAACGUUAGUAUAAUCAGUAAAAAUUUAAUAUAAAAUGUUGCCAAAUUCAAUGUAGAAAGAAUGUGACAAAACACUUUGGAUAGUUCUAUUGUUUGUGUUUUUGCAUAUUGUAAAAGCAGUGUCACAGCUAAAAACGAAAAUGUUUCUAAUGGUAAAUUAUUGUGGUUUAGUUGCUAGUUUGUACUGAGAGUUGAGCUCUCCCUGUGCAGGUUUUUGUUCUAAACUGGUAUAAAUAAUUGCUGUAAGUGUGUCUCCCUUCUACAUUGUAAUGAUUGCUUAAGCCCACAUUAUAAAUAAAGAACUGCUGGAAAACUUC